GGAAAGGCCGAGUGACCCUGUUCGUGACCAUACCGUUUUACUUCUGUCUGCCCCAUCGGUUUGGUUCGAGACAAGCGAACCACACAGAUAAACCACCAUGGCCAAGCUUACCCUUAUCCUCGCCUUCGGUCUGGUCGUCAUGAUCGGACUUACCGUAACUGAAACUAAAGCCUGGUCACUCUUCGCCCGCAACGAGCAAGCAAACGCCGAGAACGCCAACGCCGACAGGUCGGAAAACGCCAAUGCCGAGAACGCCAACGCUGACAGGUCGGAAAACGCCAAUGCCGAGAAUGCCAACGCUGACAGGUCGGAAUACGCCAAUGCCGAGAACGCCAACGCUGACAGGUCGGAAAACGCCAAUGCCGAGAACGCCAACGCUGACAGGUCGGAAAAUGCCAAUGCCGAGAAUGCCAACGCUGACAGGUCGGAAUACUCCAAUGCAGAGAACGCCAAUGCUGACAGGUCGGAAAACGCCAAUGCUGAGAACGCCAACGCUGACAGGUCGGAAUACGCCAAUGCUGAGAACGCCAACGCUGACAGGUCGGAAUACGCCAAUGCUGAGAACGCCAACGCUGACAGGUCGGAAUACGCCAAUGCCGAGAACGCCAACGCUGACAGGUCGGAAUACUCCAAUGCCGAGAAUGCCAACGCUGACAGGUCAGAAUACUCCAAUGCAGAGAACGCCAGCGCCGACAGGUCAGAAUACGCCAAUGCUGAGAAUGCCAAUGCCGACAGGUCAGAAAAUUCCCAUGCCGAAAACGCCAACUGAGUGUCGAGCCUUAAGUUUAGCCACAGAAAGAAAAUUAUGUCAGCAUGUGUUUCACUCUAAGUUAGUUCAUCUUAAAGUACAAGAACGACGGGGAGGGGCAGAAAAUAAACUUAUUCGUCU